UUGUGAGCUAAUGACAAGAAACAAAGCAAAUUUCCUCUUCUCAAAAUGGAAUGAAAUGAAUUCAGCACGCCAUACUGAUCGGCCACAUUAAGGUUUUAAAUAAAAUGUGAUUUAACACACUGUCUGUGGCUAGCUAAUCUGUCCAUCUUUUUCACCGUCGCUGCAACGGUUAUUACAGACCUAUCAAAACCAGUGAUUUUCGGGGAGGAGGUAAUUGCAAGUCUUACUGAGGGUGGUUAGGUGAGUUACUUACGGUUCAUGUGAAGUAACUGAACGAAAUGGUGGAGCUGACUUUUGAAAUGGACUGAGUUUUUUGAAACCCCACCAAGGCAGUUACUGUGCGUCUCAGUAUCUCGUUUAACACGGCUACAUAAGUCAGUGACCGGGAGGAUAAUAUUGCCUGGCCACAGGGAGCCACUUCUCGCCCACUGCUUUGUGUGUCAGUGAGUACCCGCGUGGGGGGUGCACGAGCAGCGUUGCAGCCGUGGUCAGUGUGCGUGUCCCUUGAUGUGGAGCAGCUGUGAGCGCAGAGGCUGCAUGCACCCCAGCUGGCGGAGUCGCUAAGGGAGCUCACCAUGGAGUGCUGCACAGCGCCGUGUGAUUGAGGAGGGCUUUUUUCACGGUACUCCCUUAAUCCUGCUGUCAUUUGGUGUUAAAGCAGCAUUCUAAGGCAGGAGUCAGACAAGGAAGCCACGCUACAGAUAAAGAUUGUGGAAAAACGGCAAUAUCUAUGGUUGGAACUGAGUUUUUUCUUCCCCCAUGCGAAAGGAAAUAUGCAGCACAUAUUUGUUUUCUUCUCUACCAGCUUUCUCGGAGCAGUUUUAGGUGGAAGUAAUUUCCCCAAUAUCAUCCAGAUCGGUGGAUUAUUUCCUAACCAACAAUCACAGGAACAUGCAGCGUUUAGGUUUGCACUUUCCCAGAUCACCGACUUCAAGCUGAGUCCCCACAUUGAUAUUGUGGAUAUAAGUGACAGCUUCUCCAUGACAUAUGCUUUCUGUUCCCAGUUCUCUAAAGGAGUUCAUGCCAUAUUUGGUUUCUAUGACAAAAAGACUGUAAAUAUGCUGACUUCAUUUUGUGGGGCACUUCAUCUUUGUUUCGUUACACCAAGUUUUCCAGUUGAAACAGCCAACCAGUUUGUUUUGCAGCUACGGCCUGAACUUCAGGAAGCCCUCAUCAAUGUAAUAGACCACUACAAAUGGCAGAAGUUUGUGUAUAUUUAUGAUGCAGACAGAGGACUGACAGUUCUACAGAGAGUGCUGGACGCUGCUGCUGAAAAGAACUGGCAGGUGACAGCUGUGAACAUCCAGACCACAACAGAAGAAGGCUAUCGAAUGUUGUUUCAGGAUCUGAACAAGAGGAAGGAAAGACAAGUUAUCAUUGACUGUGAAUCAGAUAGACUGAACACCAUUCUAAAUCAGAUCAUCUAUAUAGGAAAACAUGUCAAAGGAUAUCAUUACAUCUUUGCAAACCUGGGCUUCAUGGAUAUUGAUUUAGACAAAUUCCAGCAUGGUGGUGCAAAUGUCACUGGUUUCCAAAUAGUGAAUUACACAGAUCUGAAAGUUGCCAAAGUCAUGCAGCAAUGGGAGAGUUUUGAGAGCAGAGAACAUUCACGAGUCGAAUGGAAAAGGCCUCGGUACACUUCGGCACUGACCUAUGAUGGAGUUCGAGUUAUCGCAGAAGCAUUUCAGAGAAUGAAAAAACAGAGACUGGACAUUUUGCGAAAAGGUACCGCUGGAGACUGUCUUGCAAACCCAGCUGUUCCUUGGGGACAAGGGAUUGACAUACAGAGAGCUUUGCAGCAGGUUCGUAUUGAAGGCUUGUCUGGAAAUAUUCAGUUUGAUGAGAAGGGACGUCGUGUUGGUUUUAAUAUCAGUGUAAUGGAAUUAAAGCUUGAGGGGCCCAGAAAGAUUGGGUUUUGGAAUGAGGAUGAAAAGUUUGUUCUGUCAGCCUUGGAUGCCUCAGGACGAAAUGAUACUGUAAGCAUACAGAACAAGACUUACAUCGUGACUACUAUUUUGGAAGCUCCAUAUGUUAUGCUGAAGAAGAACCAUGAGCAACUUGAAGGCAAUGACAAGUAUGAAGGGUAUUGUGUGGAACUGGCUGCAGAAAUUGCCAAGCAUGUGGGUUAUAAAUACAAACUGCAGAUAGUACCUGAUGGAAAAUAUGGUGCUCGAGAUUCGGAAACUAAACAAUGGAAUGGCAUGGUUGGAGAACUAGUUUAUAGUAGAGCAGAUGUGGCAGUUGCUCCAUUGACUAUAACCUUGGUACGAGAGGAAGUGAUCGACUUCUCCAAACCCUUCAUGAGUCUUGGGAUUUCUAUCAUGAUUAAGAAGCCACAGAAGUCUAAACCAGGUGUUUUCUCUUUUCUCGAUCCAUUGGCCUAUGAGAUAUGGAUGUGCAUCGUUUUUGCGUACAUUGGAGUCAGUGUGGUCCUGUUCCUAGUUAGCCGCUUCAGCCCUUAUGAAUGGCAUACAGAAGAAUUAGAAGAAGGCAAAGACCAGACGAUCACUGAGCAGACUAAUGAGUUUGGAAUAUUCAACAGUCUUUGGUUCUCCCUCGGGGCCUUUAUGCAGCAAGGAUGUGACAUCUCACCAAGAUCCCUUUCUGGUCGCAUUGUUGGAGGAGUAUGGUGGUUCUUCACUCUGAUCAUCAUCUCCUCAUACACAGCUAACCUAGCUGCCUUUUUGACAGUUGAGAGAAUGGUGUCUCCAAUUGAGAGUGCUGAAGACCUAGCUAAGCAAACGGAAAUUGCAUAUGGAACUCUUGAUGCUGGAUCCACCAAAGAAUUCUUCAAGAGAUCAAAAAUUGCAGUCUUUGAAAAAAUGUGGACUUACAUGAAGUCAGCUGAGCCAUCGGUCUUUGUCAAACAGACAGAAGAAGGUGUAAAUCGAGUAAGAAAAUCUAAAGGGAAAUAUGCUUAUCUACUUGAAUCCACAAUGAAUGAAUAUAUUGAACAGAGGAAACCAUGUGACACAUUAAAAGUUGGCGGCAACUUGGAUUCAAAAGGAUAUGGUAUUGCAACCCCCAAGCAUUCACAGUUAAGAACUCCAGUAAACCUAGCGGUAUUGAAACUCAGUGAGCAAGGCAUCUUAGACAAGCUGAAAAACAAAUGGUGGUACGAUAAAGGGGAAUGUGGAAGCAAGGACUCCGGAAAUAAGGACAAAACGAGUGCUUUGAGUCUAAGCAAUGUGGCUGGCGUCUUCUAUAUCUUGAUAGGAGGGCUGGGACUGGCAAUGCUGGUUGCUUUAAUCGAGUUUUGCUACAAGUCCCGAAGUGAAUCCAAGAGAAUGAAGGGUUUCUGUUUGAUUCCACAGCAACCAAUCAGUGAGCCAGCGAGGAGUGCAACUCUGCCCAGACCAUCAACUACUCCAGCAGCAGCAACUGCCUCAGGAAGUAGUGGAGAAAAUGGACGAGUAGUGAGCCAUGAUUUUCCCAAGUCUGUGCAGACACUGCCAUGUAUGGGCCAUACCUCUGCAGGAAUUGGAUUAGGCACAACUGGAUUAUAACAUCAGUACCCCCCACUGGAAACACCUAGUACUUACUAUGUUUCAAAGGACGCUGAUGGGACGUAACCUGAGAACUAAAUAUUUUACUUUUCUAAAGCAAAGAAACAUUUAAUGAGGAAAAAAAACAUUUUAUGAGCUGCAAUAAAGAAGAUAACUGAACUGAAUUUUAAUUUAUGUAAUGAGCAGAGCAUUAAUUUGACACUGAUGGGAUUGUGUGCCAUUUUAUUUUGACUUGUUUGUUAAAAGUCAGUGUGUGCAAUAUUUCAUUUAUUUUAUAUGGCUUCAAAGCUAUGUCCGCAUUCCCCCCUUACUUCGUGUUUGUUUGAAGUAAGUACCAUAUUAAGUUAUGUUAAGCUAGUACUAAUGACGUCAGCCAUGUGCUAGAGGCAGUUCUGAGGGAAUAUCACUGUCUUGUGAUACUGUCUUUUGGUAACCGGUUAAACUACAUUACUAUAUGUACUGGCCCUGCCAAUGAGUGAGAGGGCUGUGAUAUAACAGAAGUGUGUAAAAAAUAUGAAACAUUGAUAAAUUAUAUAACAUUUUGUGCAAAUCCUGAAAUGGGAAAGAAGGCCAACUUGAUACCCUCUAAAUGUAUAUCUUUUCUUCUGUUUCGGAGUAACCAGAUCAGUAACUUAAUUUUACAUGUUUUUUUACACAGACUUUAUGAACGCAACUGCAUUUCUAAAGUUAUGAAGAUUUUAUUAAAACUCACCAGGAGUACCUGCAAGGACUAUGUGGUACAAUGUCAUGUAUAUCAAAGACCACACAGGUUUGUGCCAUGAGCUAGGAAACAGCUUGUUUUUAGACCAUUAAGUGUUGAUGAUUCAAAAAAAUGUCCUUGAGAGUUGUAUUAAGAACCCUUAGUGUUUUAUGUUUGUGUCAGAAGUAGCAAAGGGUAGUACAAGACGGCAUUUGCUAAUAUGCUUUUGGUCAGUGUGGAAUCAGUCCAUCAGCCUGAAAAUAUUAAGCUAUGUCUGGUAAAAAAAAAAAAAACAUGCCAUUCAUAGCUUUUAUUUUAUUUUAUUUAUUUAUUAUUUUUUAAUUUUUUUAUUUACCUUUACACUUUGAUACCAUCAAUUUAGAGGGAGGCAAGCCAAAAGUUUGCAUACUUGAAAGACACUCAGGUAACCUACCCAGUUUUCCAUUCUGAAAAUGUGUUUUCAUAUUGUAGAAGACUGAAUGUUGCAUAUACCUAUUUGUCUACGUCCUAUACUCAUCAUUAGUCCAGUAAUAUCAACAGUCAUACACAUACCUGUUACAGGUCCUGUGUCACCGAACCAAUCAAGAUUUUGCUUUACUUAUAAACAAACCUUUCUUUUUGCCCCAUACUUCAUUUAUAAUGAGCUCAACACUCUGAAAGCCUCAGUAACCUGGUGUUGCUUUCUUAUAUAGCUGGAGGUAUUAUAUGCUCAUAUAACCACAUCAUUACACAUGUACAUUCUAUACACAAACUGCAUGGAAGCAGUAUGCCAUGCAAUUUAAUUUUACAAGUCUGUCCAUUUGUUUUGAGAAGCAUAAAACUGUGUAGAGGAAGACAAAUCUCUAAUAAAAUUCAAAGCCACACAAUGCUUAUGUUGCCACCAAACAGGGCAUAGAAACGCAUUUCUGGUUAUUUACAAACACAGUUGGAACUGUUGGAAAAGUCUGUGAGAUGUUCAGAUUGAAAUCUUUAUUAUUAAACAGUACUAACCACUGUAUUCCUUUUGGACUAGAAGGUAAUAACUUACACUGUGGAUUCACAUACUUAUUAUAUGGACUUGUUCUCCUGUUUCCAUGGUCACUGUAUAGUACUGUUCACCAAGAUCAGCAUAAUUUAAUUACAUCUCAUGCUUCUGAAUACACAUGAUGAACACACAAAAUGCUGGCUAAUAAGAAAAUGCAUAUUUUGCUGGAUAGUCUGACAUAUUAUUUAACAGAAUUUUUAGUAAAGUGUGACAGAUCCCGGUGAGCAGUAUUAAUAAAAUAGUUUGGUUUUAUACAUGUUGUGAUAUUUUUAAUUCACUGGUGUAGUUCUUGCAAAGUCAGCAAAACUGUCCUCCAUGAAAUAAUCUCUGACAUUUUUUUAUUAGCUUGAUGUUUACAUAAUGAAAGUGUACACAGUUUUGAUGUGGAUAAAGGACUUUUUUGAUGUUUGAAAACAACUUAAUUUAGUAACAACAAAAGCAUCCAAUUGGUAAUUAAGUGGAUUUCUGUAAUUCAGUAAUAAUUCCAUUUCAUGAGCAAGAGACUUCUAAUAGUUAUUAGACAAUAACAUUGUAUGCAGCAUUUUAGUAUAUAGAUCACUUCACUGGCUGUUGAUUAAUUCAUGGUCUGAAGUUUUAUGACUUUGCCCAUUUAUAAAUGAUAUCAGGAUUCUCAGACAACUUUAUUAGCAUAUACUUUACUAUAAGCAUUCAGCAUUGAAGGAAUAUAAAUGCAUAGUGCUCAGAAGCUAAUAUGCUGGGGUCUGUUAGUAAAAUAUACUACUGGAAUGCUUAUGACAUUGACUAAGAAAGUCAGCAUGUAAACAUAUUUGCAGGUCAGUCAAAAAUUAUGAGGUAUCCAUUCUUAGUGCUUAUUAAUAUAGCACUUUGUGGCCUAUUACAGUCUGCCUUUUGAACAAAACACACAAUGUAGCAUUCAUUUUUAUGCUGAAUGGCUCUUUACUGACUGAAUUUGCAGAAAAAAUAUACACAAAAUAGAUGUAACCCUCUUAGAUCAAAGUGCUUCUCUGUUUUUAAAGGGCCUUCAGGACAUAAAGGAAAGUGAGAUAUCAAAGAAACCAGUUGUAUUGUUUGCCAUCUUGCUUAUUUGGUGCUUUGAAAGCAUAGUUUGAAACUUUGUACUCUGACUUUUUAAAGAAAUGUAUUUGUAUGAAUAAAAACCUUAACUGGG